AUGCUAACGGUAUUUAUUAUAGCGCUCGUGGUCAGUGCCACAUCCGCGACCCCGAACUAUGGCGAUGCCGUUGAAAUGUUGCUUGGGGAGUUCAAAAGGAUUAUGCCCUGUGGCCGUUUGGAUAUACCACCUUUGGAGCCCAUAUCCACCGAUAUGGUAGACUUAGAUUUCAACAAUGGAGACACUAACAUUACGGGCUCUAUAAGACACUUUCGUCUUUCGGGUCUUAGCAGUUUUCAAAUUCUUCAGAACAGCUACAAUGAAAGUGCAAUGCACCAUGUAAUCGACAUUAUAUUUUCAAAGAUUCAAGCCUUCGGUUUCUUGGAUCUGGAAGGCACUUUGGACAUUGCUGGCUUUUCAUUGCCAUUCGAAUAUAGUGUGCAGAUCAAUGUUAAAUUAACGGACUUGCGUUUCAUGAUCGAAUACACUUUUGGUCAGAGCCUCAUCUCUCCCAAAGGAUUGCGCAUUAGCAGCUUCGACUUUAAGUUCUUUGUCGGCGAAGUUAAGGCCGAAAACUGGCACAAGAGUUUGGACAUUGCCCUAAACAACUAUUUGAACGACCUCGUCGGUUCCUUAUCUUCGCUGGUAAUCAAGGAGAUGCAACCUUAUGUUAAAGAUAUGUCCGACGCGUUCGGAAUGCUCACCAAUAUGUCUAAUGAGAUGCUCUCCGAAAUGUCUAUUACCGAACUGACUGAGUUUUACCAACAAAUAGCCGAAUCGAUGAGAAGCGAAAAUUGCACUAUUAAGGCUUAA